GGCGGGCGGCGCCGUGGGGAUCCCGGGGCGGCCGAGGGCCCCUGACUCGGCUCCGCGCGGCGACAUGGACCGGAUGGCUAGCUCCAUGAAGCAGGUGCCCAACCCGCUGCCCAAGGUGCUGAGCCGGCGCGGGGUGGGCGCGGGGAUCGAGGCGGCCGAACGGGAGAGCUUCGAGCGGACUCAGACUGUCAGCAUCAAUAAGGCCAUUAAUACGCAGGAAGUGGCUGUAAAGGAAAAACACGCCAGAACGUGCAUCCUGGGCACCCACCAUGAGAAAGGGGCACAGACCUUUUGGUCUGUUGUCAACCGGCUGCCCCUCUCUAGCAACGCUGUCCUCUGCUGGAAGUUCUGCCACGUGUUUCACAAACUCCUCCGAGAUGGACACCCAAACGUCCUGAAGGACUCUCUGAGAUACAAAAAUGAACUGAGUGACAUGAGCAGGAUGUGGGGCCACCUGAGUGAGGGCUAUGGACGGCUGUGCAGCACCUACCUCAGACUGCUAAGAACAAAGAUGGAAUAUCACACCAAAAAUCCCAGGUUCCCUGGCAACCUUCAGAUGAGCGACCGGCAGCUGGACGAGGCUGGAGAGAGCGACGUUAACAACUUUUUCCAGUUGACAGUGGAGAUGUUUGACUACCUGGAGUGUGAACUUAACCUCUUCCAAACUGUGUUCAAUUCCCUGGACAUGUCCCGCUCCGUGUCAGUGACGACAGCUGGGCAGUGCCGCCUGGCCCCGCUCAUCCAGGUCAUACUGGACUGCAGCCACCUGUAUGAUUACACUGUCAAGCUCCUCUUCAAGCUCCACUCCUGUCUCCCAGCUGACACCCUGCAAGGCCACCGGGACCGCUUCAUGGAGCAGUUCUCGAAGUUGAAAGAUCUGUUCUACCGCUCAAGCAACCUCCAGUAUUUCAAGCGGCUCAUUCAGAUCCCUCAGCUGCCGGAGAACCCACCCAACUUCCUGCGAGCCUCUGCCCUGUCAGAACACAUCAGCCCCGUGGUGGUCAUCCCGGCCGAGGCCUCGUCCCCGGACAGCGAGCCAGUCUUGGAGAAGGAUGACCUCGUUGACAUGGAUGCCUCACAGCAGAACUUGUUCGACAACAAGUUUGAUGACAUCUUUGGCAGCUCGUUCAGCAGCGACCCCUUCAAUUUCAACAGUCAGAACGGCGUGAACAAGGAGGAGAAGGAUCACUUAAUUGGUCAACUCUACAGAGACAUCAGUGAGCUGAAGGCACAGCUAGAGAACUUGAAGACUGAGAGCCAGCGGGCGGUGCUGCAGCUGAAGGGCCGGGUCAGCGAGCUGGAGGCCGAGCUGGCAGAGCAGCGGCACCUGCGGCAGCAGGCGGUCGACGACAGCGAGUUCCUCCGCGCGGAACUGGAUGAGCUCAAGAAGAAACGAGAAGACACGGAGAAGGCCCAGCGGAGCCUGACAGAGAUAGAAAGGAGAGCCCAGGCCAAUGAACAGCGGUACAGCAAGCUAAAGGAAAAGUACAGUGAGCUGGUGCAGAACCACGCCGACCUGCUACGGAAGAACGCCGAGGUGACCAAGCAGGUGUCCGUGGCCAGACAAGCCCAGGCGGAUUUGGAACGAGAGAAAAAAGAGCUGGAAGACUCUUUCCAGCGCAUAAGUGACCAGGCCCAGCGGAAGACUCAAGAACAGACCGAAGUACUGGACAACUUGAAGCAAGAACUUGCCACCAGCAAACAGGAACUCCAGAUUGUCCAAAACAGCCUGGAAACUUCUGCCCAGGCAGAAGCCAAAUGGGCGGCACAGCUCUCGGAGCUAGAGAAGGAGAGGAGUGGCUUGGUGCACGCUGUGGCCCUCCGGGAGGAGGAAUUAUCUGCUCUUCAGGAACAGCUGGAACUCGCCCAGCGGGAACUAUCCAGCACACAGGAAUCAGUGUGCCAGCUCGCCAAGGACCAACGCAAAAUGCUUCUGGUGGAGACCAGGAAGGCUGCGGAGCGGGUGAUACAAGAGGCCCUGCGGCAGCUGGAGGAGCCCCCUCUGAUCAGCUGUGCCGGAUCUGCAGAUCACCUUCUUUCCAAGGUCAAGUCUGUUUCCAGCUGCAUUGAGCAACUGGAAAAAAGCUGGAGCCAGUAUCUGGCCUGCCCGGAAGAUAUCAGUGAGCUUCUCCGCUCGGUAACCCUCCUGGCCCACCUGACCAGUGACACCAUGGCUGAUGUUAGCACCACCUGCCUUCGAGCCCCACCGGAGCCUGCUGACUCACUGACCGAGGCCUGCAAACAGUUUGGCAAGGAAACCCUCACGUAUCUGGCUUUCCUGGGGGAAGAAGGAAUGCUUGAGAAUGACAGCACAGCCAUGAAGAGCUGCCUCAGUAAGAUCUCCGCCAUUGGCGAGGAGCUCCUGCCCAGAGGCCUGGACAUCAAGCAGGAGGAGCUGGGGGACCUGGUGGACAAGGAGAUGGCUGCCACGUCAGCUGCCAUUGAAACUGCCACGGCCAGGAUAGAGGAGAUGCUCAGCAAAUCCCGAGCUGGGGACACAGGAGUCAAAUUGGAGGUGAACGAAAGGAUCCUUGGUUCCUGUACGAGCCUAAUGCAAGCCAUCCAGGUCCUGAUUGUGGCCUCUAAGGACCUCCAGAGAGAGAUAGUGGAGAGUGGCCGGGGAACAGCAUCACCUAAAGAGUUUUAUGCCAAGAAUUCUCGAUGGACGGAAGGACUCAUUUCAGCGUCCAAAGCUGUGGGCUGGGGAGCCACUGUCAUGGUGGACGCAGCCGAUCUGGUGGUACAAGGCAGAGGGAAAUUCGAGGAACUGAUGGUGUGUUCGCAUGAAAUUGCUGCUAGCACAGCCCAGCUUGUGGCUGCGUCUAAGGUGAAAGCUGAUAAGGACAGCCCAAACCUGGCCCAGCUGCAGCAGGCCUCUCGGGGAGUAAACCAGGCCACCGCCACUGUUGUGGCUUCGACCAUUUCUGGCAAAUCACAGAUCGAGGAGACAGACAACAUGGACUUCUCUAGCAUGACACUGACCCAGAUCAAACGCCAGGAGAUGGAUUCCCAGGUCCGGGUGCUGGAGCUGGAGAAUGAACUGCAGAAGGAGCGUCAAAAACUGGGAGAGCUUCGGAAAAAGCACUACGAGCUCGCCGGUGUUGCCGAGGGCUGGGAAGAAGGAACAGAAGCAUCGCCACCAGCACUGCACGAAGCGGUCACCGGAAAAGAAUAGAGCCACACCGACACCCCACACGUCUGAGUGUAAAUCUUGUUACAGUCUCUGUGUGUUAUUCCCCAGCCACAGCCUACGCCCCCGGGGGUCCCGGCGGCAGCCACACCGCACACCGCUCCCGUUGUCCAGAGCCGGGGACCCGAAUGGCCUUCCACAGAGGAGGGGGACCAGGGCCGCCCCCGCGGAGAGGCCCUCCCUCCCAGUCCUGCCUGCUGUUUGACCCCCCACCCACCCACCCCCCACCCCCCGAUGCUCAGCAUCCUUGUCCGAGGGGCCUGCUGUUCCGGAGAGCCUGGCAAGGGGCCACCUAUGCCUUCUCUUCUCUGUUUUCUUCUCAGCCUUUUCUUUUACCAUCAUUUGCACCAACUUGGGAGCAUCCGAGGGCUGGUGGGCUCCAAACCAGGAUGCCGCCCUGAAUCUGCCAUCAGAACGGCAGGAGUGUCCUGGCUGAGCACGCCAAGGCAGCUCUCCCCUCUCUUGGCAGUUCCAUGGUUUCCCACUGCUUCUUACGGUGGUUGGUUGGGUUUUCUGGGGGGGGGGGGGGGCGUUUUUGGUUUUUUGGGGUUUUUUUGGUUCUCUUCUUUCAGUGUUCACUCGUAGAGCCAGCUCUCCCAAAGGGAGCGCCCCCAGAGCUCUGAGCCAUCGGGGGGGGGGGCCCCUAACCACAGCAGGUAACAGCAAUGGUGCUGCUUAGCCUCCACCUUGGUGCUCCACGCCAGCCUCCAUGCUGAGUGUCCUGCGGAGCGAGGAUGGGUCAGCCGAGGCCACUCCCCAGGGGCGGGCACUGCUGCAGGGCCACGCUUUCCUCCAAAGGCUGGAGCAGAGCGAGUGCCUUUUCCUCCUAAAGCGAGAGCCCGGCUGAGAGAGCCCCUGCCCACCUUCACGAGCGACCAGGGGUAAAGAGAGAAGGGGAGGAGGGGUGCACACUGCCCAGGUCUCGGGAGACCCCGCUCUUGGGAACUCUUCGCGACCAGGCUGAAAAACCUGAUCACAAGCCUGAAUGUGUCGGUGAGAGAAGCCACAUUUCUGACCCCAGAAUGAAUUUUCCGGGCCACCUCCCUUCAGACCCAGGCAGGACCCUGAGAGGGAGUGCAUGAGGGGUUUCCAAUUCCUUUCUCCAAAUGGCUGCUUUGGCAUCCUUGUGAACCUGAAGAAGCUAUAUAGUUCCACGUUCUACCUAAUCGAUAGACCCAGAAGAUCAGGCAGACUUGCUCCCGGCAGGAAAGAACCCUGUGCUUGGUUUGGUACCUUUCGUAUUUAUUACUAACCUCCGUUGAGCAGCAGCAGCCUACAGAAAGCCGCUUUGAGCAAUCAGGAUUUGAGGUGUGACAAUGGCAAGGCGUGCGUUGCUGCCCUAGGUCAUCAGUCUUCGAGUAUCAGAAACAAGCUUCCCAAUCUGUUACCAGUCUAGACCCCGAAGUGAGCAGCUUCCUCAGAGCAUCUGGGUCAGGGAAACCGAGAAAGGGGGACCACUGGCUCUGAGCCCUUCCAGCCACACAUCCCGGGCCCUUGCUGCUCGGACGGGAUGAGGACAGAAGGCACGUAACGGCUUCCUAGAGGCGGGCAGCCUGACAGCACUUGUCCACCUCCAGAUGGACCCCCGCAUUUAAGUGACCUUCCGAUCUUGGACAAACAGCGUCUUCCUUCCUUAUCUGUAGCAACUCGUAGGUAGAAAGCCAACAAGCACUUCCCAGGACCUGUCCCAAAGGAACGUCUCGAAGUGUUGCUACCUGACCGGUUGUGAGAGUCCUGUUUGAUCACUGUGAAUCAACCCCGCCCCUUCCUAACCACGCCCCUCCCUCUCUGUACAUUUCCUAAGUAGGGCACUCAAGACGCACUCUCCCAUUAGCUCAGAUUCCAAGAGUCAGACGUGCUAGCUCCACAUUGGGCUAAGGGGGGGGUGGUCAGCGGUAGACGAUGAGCGGUCUUACGCUUUAAAGCCCCUUGGUGCUCAGCGUUUUUCCAUCCGCGGCUCAGAAGGAAUGGCGUGCGGCAUCCCCUUCCCCGUUGUGCGUUCUCAGAGUGGGUCAACAUUACCACAGAGGACUAGUCCUCACUUCCCAGAGUCUUGGCCAAACUGUUGUGCUCUAGGAUCCCCGUGGUGACAAAAAAAAUCUAGAAUGUGGGACCACACGAGGACUCUGAAUCACACUCCCUCUAAAAAGAAGCCACGGUAACUUUUAAAACCUUUGUGGACUGUGGACUUAGCCCGAGUAAUCCAACCGUGCAGAAGGCAAUUAAACAGGAACACAGGCUAAUCCCGUCUCGCACGAGCCAGAUGCAGCCCAAUUCUGUUGGUCAUUGCUCACCUUGGAAGCUGGUCCAUGCUCUAGCCAAAAUCAAAUUGUCCUACCUUGGCUUUUCUAAAAAUGAGCGUAUCUCUACUUGGUGUGAAAUGCUCAAUUAAAACAGGAGUCACAUCCUAAGGCUAAAAAUGAACUCACAGCCUCUUAGGUACCUGAGCAUCGGUAGUGACUGAAGUCCCAUGGGUCAGUGUAAAUGGGUCACAGCAAGGCAGAGCAAGAAAAUGGCUUAGGGCCGAUGAGAGGUUGAAAGACAGCCGUAUCCGUUAUUUAAUUUUGUAAUACAGUGCUCUAAUACCUCUAGAGUAAGGGUUUGUGUGUACAUAAUAA